AUGUUUCGUUUUCGAUUUCGUUUAAAUUCUUCAUUAUUAGCUUUAACAUCUUCAAUAUUUUUUAAUCGGUCAUCAAAAGAAUCUAAAUCUAAUCUUAACGAGAAUCCAUCUGAAUUACCACGAACACCAUAUCAACAUAUUAAUUGUACUGGUUUUGAAUGCAUACGUGAAUCAUCAAUGAUUACUCUAUCAUCAUCAUCUUCAUUCCUUAAACAAACAUUAUAUUAUUAUUCGGAAUUAACUCAACGUUAUUGUACUCAUAUAUCUACAAUGAUUAGCGUAUUAGAAGAAUAUAAAAGACUUGAAGGUACAGGAAAUAUUCAACAAGAAAUUUGGGAUAUUUAUAUAAAACAUCGUAUUUUAUUUAAUGAAAUGAAAACUGAAUUAUUACGUUUACGUUUACUUUUAUCAACAAUUGAUCGUCUUGUUACGGAAUCAAUUGAUGCUUGUUAUCAAACACAAGAUGAAAUUGUAACACAACUUGUAUCAAAUGAAUUAAUUCAUGCAAAACGUAUUAUAGAACAAAAUGAACAAUUAAUAAAUAAAAAUGAAAUGAUAUUAACAACUGAACAAAUUAAAUUAAUUGAAAAAUCAAAAGAUGAUAGUGAUAAAAAAAAUUCUCAUGAAUAA